AUGUCGACACCUGCAUCUCCACCUUCUGGUAUCGUGUCCGCCAAUAUCAAACUGUUUAACAACAAAGUCACCAACGAUAAUUCUGAUACUCAAUCUAGUCCACAUCCUCCUUUUUCUCCAUUGGCAACUUCUUCAUUGAAUAUUCCACCACCUCGACCAACAAGACCUGAUAUUCCUCCGUCUCCUAUCAAACAAAGUAUAUCAUCACAUACAACUUCUCCUCGUACUGUUGAAAAUAUCCACGAUACCAAAACCAAUCUUCUUACUUCUCAUGUCAACGCUGGUGUAUUCAAAGGUGUAUUUGGAAAAGUAGUUGGCAGUGUUAGUGAUUUGUUGACUCAACCAUUAUCUUCCUCGUCGUCACAACCUUCUGGUUCUACAUCCAACUCGAAAAGCAAAAUCUCUUCUCCGUACAACCUUGUCCAUGUCACACAUGUUGGCUUUAAUCAGCAAACUGGAGAAUUUACUGGGCUGCCAAGGGAAUGGCAAAUCUUAUUACAAGAGAGUGGAAUUACAAAAAGGGAACAAAAGGAAAAUCCUCAGGCCGUAUUGGAUGUUCUUGAAUUUUAUAAAGAAACAAGGGAACAAUCACAAGAUGAAGUUUGGGAAAAAUUCGGAAAUGCCUUUCCACAUCGAAUAGCUGUGAAUGAUGGUCAACAAGCACAAAUUAACCCUACUCCUCCACCAUUACCACAACGUACACGACCUAAACUUGUAGUCAUCCAGUCUAAUGAUCGUCAACAACCUCCAUCCAUACCCGCUCGACCUCCUGUAAACAAAGGAAGACCACCACCGAAACCACCUUUAUCAAGUAAACCUACACAUUUGAAAACUACUACUUUUAACAAACCUACAAGCCAACAACCAACAAACAUCAAUAAUCAAUCAUCUGCCAACAAUGACCCCUCAUCACUAUUUAUUUCAUCUGUGGCAGCUCCUCUUGAUCCAGCUCUUGAUACAGGUGCAGAAACUAGGGCAAAACGCCGUGAACAGAAAAGACAACGUGAAGCCGCCAAGGAUGCUGAAAUAAUUGCAGGAUUGCAAGCAAUAUGUACAGAUGCUGAUCCAACAAAACUUUAUCGCAACAUGUUGAAAAUUGGCCAAGGUGCAUCUGGUGGGGUUUGUAUAGCACAAUCAGUGGAUACCAACAUGUCAGUAGCUAUCAAACAAAUGAACUUGGCUCAACAGCCAAAGAAAGAACUGAUCAUUAACGAAAUUCUGGUGAUGCGAGAAGCUCGAGACAAGAAUAUUGUCAAUUUUAUCGAUUCCUUUUUGGUGAACGGCGAAUUAUGGGUAGUCAUGGAAUAUAUGGAAGGUGGAUCUUUAACUGAUGUGGUGACAACAAAUAUGAUGACGGAAACACAAAUCGCUACUGUGUGUCGAGAAACACUUCAAGGUAUUGCACAUUUACAUCAUCUUGGCAUUAUUCAUCGGGAUAUCAAAUCAGAUAAUGUUUUACUUGGCGUCAAUGGUCAUGUCAAACUGACUGAUUUUGGAUUCUGUGCUAGACUUAGUGAUGCAGAAACAAGAACAACCAUGGUUGGAACACCUUAUUGGAUGGCACCAGAAGUAGUGACAAGAAAAGAAUAUGGACCCAAGAUUGAUAUUUGGUCAUUAGGAAUUAUGACAAUUGAAAUGAUUGAAGGGGAACCUCCUUAUCUUCACGAAAACCCUCUUCGUGCAUUAUAUCUGAUUGCUACCAAUGGUACUCCUGCUAUACAACAUCCUGAUGCUUUAUCAUCUCAUUUAGUUGACUUUUUACGUGUGUCUCUCUGUGUGGAAAGUCAAGAUCGUCCUGAUGCCACUGAACUUUUGUCCCAUCCCUUUUUGAAGAAAGGUGAUAAUGUCAAGUCAUUGAUACCUUUGAUUAAAUCAAGUCGAGAUGCUCGGAAAAACCAUUCGUAG